GCCUCAUUUACAAACAUGGCCACCAGCUUGUUGGAGUCUUAUGAACAACAAUAUUCUACGGUGACAGCCGACAUUACAUUUCAUGUCGGUCAGAUAGCCUGUCACCAUGGAGCUGAAAAGCAGUCACAUGUGCGACAAGCAGAGAAGCUCUUCGAUGAAGCUUCGGAACUGUUGGAACAAAUGGAAUUGGAAGUAAAGGAGCAAGAUCCUCGAGAGAGACAGAAAUACUCCACACGUGUCAAGAGCUAUAAGACGGAACUGUUAAAGCUGCAAAAAGAUAUGAAAAAGGCUAAACUUGGCAUUGAUGCCAAUCGAGACGAGUUGCUAGGUGAUGAUACCCACGACUCAGAGGAUCAGAGAGCAAGACUGUUGGACAACACAGAGAGGCUGGACCGGACAUCGCGCAGACUGGACCAUGGAUACAGAGCGGCUGUGGAAACAGAACAAAUUGGGGCACAAAUUAUGGAGGACUUGCAUGGUCAGAGGCAGACAAUACAAAAAUCACGAAAUAGGCUCGAGGAGAUGAACACAACACUGGGGAAGAGUUCCCGUGUACUGUCUGGGAUGAUGCGAAGGAUCAUACAGAAUCGGAUUCUGCUGAUAGGCAUCGGACUGUUGUUGGUGAUUGUGAUAAGCGUUGCUAUAUAUUUCACUGUGCGAAGACACUCAUGAUACUGAUCUCGGCAUCCUCAUCCUCCUACAUUCCUUCAGGCAAGCUGAUUAAGGAGCCCCCAGUUUCCCACAUGGAACAGGAACUUGAAACUGGGUGGAACAGCAGAGAAGAAAAUUUUAUUCAAUAUCUGACUGUUUAUCUUUAUGUCAAUCGUCUUUACAAGUCUCUUGCAUUAUUCCGAGUAAUGUUUCCGAUCUGUGCAGUCAUUAUUUAGUCUUUUCAAAAAUAUGUAUCAUU